UAAGUUCUUGGUAUGUUUAGUGGACAAUAGACACAAUAACAAUAACAGCAAGGCUGAGUUCAUGUUAUGUUUACUGGAGAAUAGACACAAUAAUAACAAAGCUAAGUUCAUGGUAUGUUUAGUGGAGAAUAGACACAAUAACAAUAACAACAAGGCUAAGUUCAUGAAUAGACACAAUAACAACAAGGCUAACUUCAUGGUAUGCUUAGUGGAGAAUAGACACAAUAACAACAAGGCUAAGUUCAUGGUAUGUUUAGUGGAGAAUAGACACAAUAACAAUAACAACAAGGCUAAGUUCAUGGAAAGUGUGCGUUCACGUCUGGUGAUGGAGAAGGUGCUCGCACAGGUGGAAGUUGCAGCUGCGCUGACCUUUGACUACAUCUCUCUCGUCAUCAUCGCCGCCGUAGUGGCGGGGGUUGGCUUGGCUGCGAAUAGUGUGGUGGCUGUUGUAGCCUCGAUGCUGAUCUCACCCAUAAGUACGUGUACUAUUGUACUGUGUGAGUGUUUCUAA